AUGCCACUCACCUUACCUGGUUCACUACAUCCGAGCAAUAAGGAUGCCAUUGCAUGGAGUGAAAAGGGACUGCUUGCAUAUGGUAGUCAUUGCACGCUUAUCACCGUGGACUGUCUGCGAAAAAAAAUAAUUCAAACUCUCGAAAAGCACAAUGCUGCGAUUAGUCACGUAAGCUGGGCACCAGAAGAGGAUGCAAGACCUAUAUCAGAAAGGCAGUUACGUUGUGCGUCUGCAGAUAUCAGUGGCUUGAUUGUUGUUUGGAGUGUCUUGGAAGGCACUGUGCUCUCAUCGUUUCGGCAUCUUAAUAGCGCACCUCUGAGUAUUGCCUGGUAUCCAUGGGAAGAUUCAAGUUCAGAUUUUUUAUUAGCAUUACAUAGUCCGAACACUCUUGUCCUUUGGAAUACGGCUACUGGUGAUCGUAUUUGGAAUGUUGCAUAUGUUCAGCAAGUCUGUUUAUUUGCCUUGGAUCCAUUUAACGCAACACAUCUGACAUUUGGAUUAAGCGAUGGACCUUUAUUGAUGGUGCAUGAUUUAAUACUUCAUAAACCACCUAAUGGACAAGGAUCAGUUUUAAAUGUUUUAAAGAGUGCCGCUUCAAUCGUACAAUUACAAUAUCACAAUGCUUUUGCUAAUGUCCUCUUCGCUGCCUCUUCGACUGAGGUGGUAUGUGUUGAAGCGGAAUGUCAAUGUGUUAUUUGGCGUUAUUCGUGCGAAUCACCACUUAUUAGGUUAUUGUCGUGUAGUGAUUGUGACGCCAUUUUCACGUUGCACGCGAAUGGUUCGAUUGCGUUGAGGAUAUGUCGGGUUGCUGAAGACGGAAAAGGUAACCCGCGAUUAACUUAUGAACGUGUGAAAUGCUUUGAAACGCAGCGACAGUCGGCCCAUCAUCGUAUUUCUGCUGCUGCACUGUGUCCAAUAACGCAGUCAACAUUCGCGCUUCUCUAUAAUUCUGGUCGUAUCGCCUUCUAUCAGUUGGGUAUCAGUGAAGAACAAAGUUUACAUGCAUAUAGAACAAGAUUCAUCACAGAUUUGCUUACAGUUGAUAACAAUCUUGACUAUUCACCUUGUGGAACACUGAAGUUAUCGAAUGUUGGUGAGAUGUUCUCGUUAGGUCAGAGUGCGUCUUCAGUUCGAAUGCGACCGAUGGACACGUUAGAAGAGGAACAUGCAUUGCAUCUGGCUGCUGUAGGCACUAAUCAAGGAAUCAUCCAUCUCGUAAACGUUUUUACUGCGACCAUUCAUAGGGAACUUCAUAUACACACGUGUCCCAUUAAAUGUUUGGACUGGGGUGGUCCACAUACAUUAGUUUCUGCUGCUUAUGCGCAUUCGUUGAGUACAUCACCGCUCGUUAGAAAUGACAUUUUUGUUACGGAUAUCCGAACAGGUGAAAGUAAACGGCUCCGUCCAGAAGUCGAAGAAACACCAGUCGAAAUGCUUCGCGUCUCGUUUUAUCACUGCUACGUAGCAGUCGGCUUUCGCAGUGAGCCAUUAGAAAUUUGGCAUUUAAAAUCGAUGCGUCUAUUGAGGCGUAUGUCUCGAGCGUGUCCUGUUAUCGUUGAUAUGGCGUGGUCGGGAAAGCAUCAUGCUGUGAAAAAGGUAAUCGGGGGUAAUGUGGAACCAGUAUUUCGAGAAAAUUUGGUUGUACUUGACUUGGAUUGUCACCUUUAUCAUGUUGUUGUGAAGGGUUUGCAUGUUCGUGAUGGAAAAGAAGUUAACUGUCAAUGGAAAAGCGGCGUUGCUUCAAUGAAAUCGUUGGUGUGGAAGGAUGAUUUAUUGGCGAUGGGAGAUUCAUCAGGUCGAUUAGGUAUAUGGGAUCUGGGUAGGCGGCAGUGCCGACAAACCAGCGGAUCACCGCGAGGACCCAUUACAAAGAUGACGUUUUCACGACUUACGGGCGACCAUACGCUCGCAGUUUUGCAUUCAAAUGCCAUCUUUUUAUGGGACGCUGAUCAGCUUACGGUUUUACAGCAGUUGAAUUUGGGUAAUUCACUGACGUUGAUUGACUUGGAUUUGUGUGGAAUAUGUCCAGUAGUUGUAUGCUCAGACAACUCAUUUCGUUACAUACCAUCUGCAUCUUUCAAUCUGCCAUUACAUCAGCGCGAUAUUCCUAUGGUACUCCAUAAGGAAGCUUUGAGCAUGCUGAUCAAAAACGAUCAAUCUGAUUCAGAAGCUGGGCCAUUGCUUGAACUAUUCAAAGAAUCAUUGCACUGCACCUCGCAAUUGCCAAACUCGAUGGCAGGGAGUUCGUGUGAUAAUUGUGAAGUGUCGAAUCAUGUAGCCAAACUGAGAAACUCUCCAUCGAAAACCGAUUCUGCAGACAUCUCUGCAACAGAUAAGGACGCUAAUGAUUUAAAGGCAAUAGCCAAUCAACUCGGUAACGUGUUAGAUACUGAUUCGAAUUCCUGUAGUGAAAAUGGUUCAUCAGUGGAUCAUAAUACUCAUGAGUUGUCAAAUGGAAAUGAAGAAUCGAGUGACCGGAGGAUAUUGAAAAAUGACGGUGAUGCUGAUCAAGGAAAGGAAGACAUUUUCAAGCAGUAUCGAACAGCACAUCGAAUACUGGGUAAUAAGUGGUUAUAUGAUUUAUGGACAGUGUGCCAGUCAGUUUUGUAUGGCAUCAAGCUACCACCUUCACUUUUCACAUUUUGGCCUGCACAGUUAACAAAGCGUCGUGUCGACAUGCUUCUUUCAUGUCUUAUGAGCACUGCUGAAUUGACAUCUGCACAAGUCGAUGUUCUUGUGCAUCGGGCUGUUAUUCUUCGCAAGCGAGAAUGGGCCAUUCAAAUGUUAUUGAGUGCUCGUGAAGAAUGUAGAGCGAGUGCACUUCGUGCAUGCCUUUUGGCUGCAGAGGUAUCUUCUGAAGGAGCGCAGAGUAUCAUAAAACUUGUUGCUACUAAUUUGAUUGCAAGCAAUUGUAUAACAGAUGGCAUUCAAAUGUUGUUUCUGAUUCAACAUGGUGAGGAUGCUUGUCGGUAUUUGCAAGCACACGGUUCGUGGGAAGCAAGUCUCGCAUAUGCAAAGAUGGGUUUAGACGAACAUGCUGAAGUUGGCUUGAAGUGGCUGGAACACCUGCUCGCAUCAAAUGCGCAUAAGAAUUUGAGCUGCCUUCUUGCUGCGAGCCUCGGUGAGUGGGAUCGUGUUUUGACGUUGUUGUGUAUGAAUUCGAAACCUGAUACAGCUGCACAGCUCUUCGGGGCGCUGAAGGCUGAAUGUGUACCGCUGAAGGAAAGCACAGCACAAGCAAUCACUGAUCGAAGGGUCAAUUUGUGA